AUGGAAGAUUUGAGAUUCCCUGAAAACACCAGCAUUAAAGACUUUGCCUAUUCUAAAAAUAACCCUUUGAGGUAUGGGAAUUUUGAAGAUGAAGAAGAAGACUAUGAAUAUGAAUAUGAGUAUGAAUAUAACCAGGAGAACGUAGAGAUUAAUCAACAAGCCAUUGCAUUAUUUGACUUCAAGCCAGAGAACGAUAAUGAAGUAGAAUUGGUAGAAGGUCAAACCAUAUGGAUAAGUUAUCGACAUGGACAAGGAUGGUUAGUGGCUGAAGAUCCUAAUACUGGGGAAAAUGGAUUGGUACCAGAAGAAUACGUUGAAAUCCUUGAUGUAGCCAAACCUUACAUAACAGUUUUGGAUCAAAUCAACGACAGCCAGGACCUUGAUAAUGAAGAUAACGAUAAUGAUAAUGAAGAGAUUAAUGACAUUCUGGACACCAUCAGCAGUAUUAAAAUGUAA